UACCGCAAGCCGAUUUUGAACUAACAGUUGGUAGGUCGAUUGUUUUCCAGAUGGUCACCCUGCUGCCCUACUAAUGUUACCAGUUACUAUUUCUAAUUUCAGUGGAUUCAGUGAUACAGUGAAAACGCGCUCGAUAUCCCUGUUUCUUUUAUUGACCACUCGCCAGAAGUUUGCGCAUUGUUUUCCAGUGCGCAGUAGUAAACUAUUCUCUCGCCUCCUGUGAAAUACGGAUUUAAUUUCUCAUCUGCCAUUUUUAAUUUCGAAAAUAGUGGCGUUUAUGGAACUGUUGUUACUUCAACAAUAUGUGUGACAAUAAUGAAAAAGUUUCGACUACGCAGCGAAUGAUCCAAAGUGUAGCUUUCCCUCCCAGCCAUAAGCUCACCGUAUCAGAAGUAUUCGAUGAGAAAACGGGCAAACCUCUUCCAGAUGUACUUAAGCAACAUUUUAUUUUAGAAGGCCGGAUUGAGGAAAAUGCGGCUCUACGAAUUAUCCAAGAUGGUGCCACCCUUCUUCGUUCAGAAAAAACCAUGAUCGAAAUUGAUUCCCCGGUCACCGUAUGUGGAGACGUCCAUGGGCAGUUUUACGAUUUGAUGAAAUUGUUCGAAGUUGGAGGUUCUCCUUCAUGCACCAAGUAUUUAUUCUUAGGUGAUUAUGUCGACAGAGGUUACUUCAGUAUAGAAUGUGUACUCUACCUGUGGGCUUUGAAAAUUUGCUAUCCGAAGACCUUAUUUCUAUUACGCGGUAAUCACGAAUGCCGACACUUGACAGAAUAUUUUACCUUCAAACAAGAAUGCAAGAUCAAAUACUCUGAAAAAGUAUAUGAUGCUUGUAUGGAUGCUUUUGAUUGCCUACCUUUGGCUGCACUUAUGAACCAGCAGUUCCUGUGUGUCCAUGGAGGUCUAUCUCCAGAAAUAAGCAGUUUAGAUGAUAUUCGUAAACUAGAUAGAUUCAAAGAGCCUCCUGCAUAUGGAGCUAUGUGUGAUCUACUGUGGUCAGAUCCAUUGGAAGAUUUUGGUAAUGAGAAAAAUGCAGAACAUUUCUCACACAACUCUGUAAGAGGCUGUUCUUACUUCUACAGCUAUGCUGCAUGUUGUGAUUUUCUUCAAAGAAAUAAUUUAUUAUCUAUUAUUCGAGCUCAUGAGGCACAAGAUGCAGGAUAUCGAAUGUAUCGUAAAAGUCAAACAACUGGAUUCCCCAGUCUUAUCACUAUUUUCUCAGCUCCUAACUAUUUGGAUGUGUACAACAACAAGGCUGCAGUUCUUAAAUAUGAAAAUAAUGUUAUGAACAUCAGGCAAUUUAACUGCUCACCCCAUCCUUACUGGUUACCAAACUUCAUGGAUGUCUUUACAUGGUCACUUCCCUUUGUUGGUGAGAAAGUGACUGAAAUGUUGGUUAAUGUAUUAAAUAUUUGUUCUGAUGAUGAGCUGAUGACGGAAGGUGAAGAUGCUUUGGAGGAAGCUAAUCUCAGGAAAGAGGUCAUUCGCAAUAAGAUAAGAGCCAUUGGUAAGAUGGCUCAUGUAUUCUCUGUGCUACGUGAAGAGAGUGAGUCUGUUUUACAACUUAAAGGAUUAACACCCACUGGUGCAUUACCCUUGGGUGCCCUUUCUGGAGGUAAAACUUCACUUAAGAAUGCACUGCAGGGCUUUUCACCAAAUCAUAAGAUCACCUCGUUUGCUGAGGCUAAAGGCUUGGAUGCCAUUAAUGAGCGCAUGCCCCCAAGGCGUGAUGGCCAACGCACACCGGAUACUCAAGAAAAGAAGCCACAUGUCAACAGCAAUGCACACUCGUGAAGUGCUUGUUGAUACUUCUCUUCAAUCCUUACUCAUAAUUUUUCCCAAAUAAGGAGUGCUGGUGAAAUGUGUUAUGGAGACUUAAUCUUUGGAAUGAUUUUUAUGAAAACAAGGUGGAUUUGAAGGGAUUUGUCAUACUAAAUGUUUUAAAAUUUGGAUUUAACUUUUUUUCUAUAGAUAAAAUUAAAAUUUCUCUUAUAAGAUAUUAACUUUCGAUAUUUAAAAUAUUAUAACAGAUCUGCAGGCAACAAAUUUGUUUAGUCAAUUAAAUAAUAAGAAUGCACAUUUAUUUAUAAUGCAAUGCACUGUUUAAUUUUUGGUAAUGUAAUUUAAAAUUUUCAUAUGAAAAGACAUGAUAUUGUAAUAUAAAUUUAUUCAAAUUUUCUUCUUAACACUACAUUAGUGAAAAUUAGACAAGUCUAUAAUUUUCAAAGCAUAAUUAGCUGUGAUAUUAAGCGAUCAAUGUAUUAUUUAUUAGCAAUUUGCUAGUUGAGUACAGGCAUGUUCAUUGGCUAAUCAUGCAUUGAAAUUAUUGUAAAGUGGUGAAGUUCAGCUUUGGCAUGUCCUUUUAUUCUAUAUUUAAGUAAUAAAAUAAUUAUUAUGUACUAUAGUGUUGAGCACAUGGUGUGUUGUUGCCAUGUGUGUGUGAUGUGUAAAUAUGCCUCGAGCGUACACACACGUUAGCUUUAACACUUUAGAUAAAUAUUACUCUCUUUAAUAUCUUUGCUACAAGUUGUACUUAACUGUAUUUUAUUGUACAAAAUAUAUAAAAAUUACUAUCUUAAAUAUACUUUAAUAAUUUAUAUUUGGAUGUAUGCUGAAUAUUUGCAGCAUGUGAGCAGUGGAACUUGUAUGCUGAAACAUCUCAUGUUAAAAUCUUAGUCAUAAUAUAUUGGUAUACAUAUAAGAUGUAGCGGCUAGUCUAACUGCAGAUUUUCUUACAGCUUCUAUUUCAUAUUUCACUUAACACAGGUUUAAUGACCUAUGCACUGUUGGAAAAUCUCUUUUGGUCAGCCAAUAAUAUUCUUGAAGCUAUAAGUUUGACAUUGUGAAUACUAAAAGUGGCUUACAUAAUUUCAGUCAAAGUAUUCAAAGUUUAUCUCAAUUUUUAAGCCUUAUAUAGUAGUUAAAAUUCAUUUUUAAGU